AUGGCAAGAACUCUAAGGAAAGUGCAGAAGAAAGCUGAUAAUGGUGUGAUUAAGGAGAAGGAAGUUAUGACAAGCAAAGAAAUUGAGGCGUCGAUUGAGAAUUGUCCAUUGAAGGAAACAGAUGUGGCGGAGAGGGCACCAGAGCGAAGCCCUAAAUUGAGUCUGUUGAGUCCGGGGAACCAAACUAAGCAGAAGAUAGUAAUGAUUAAGAAUAGAUACAAACCUGUGGUUGUUGACACAAUGAAUGAGAGUGUGGCCCGUAAGCAUAGAAUAUGGAAUAGGAUGUUUUCACAGGGGAGUACAUCAGGUUGUAAGAAAGAUGGGGAGAUGAUAAAUGUGGAAGGUGAUGCAAAAGUUCUUGACCCUGAUCCAGGGAUCAAUGAGUAG